AUGUCGUCCCUCCUCGAGAAGCAAAAGGCAGCCUUCAACAGCUCGCUCGCCUCGGCCGCCAGCAAGCUAACGGCCAAGAAGCCGUCGUUGGCGCCCCCCUCGCCCUCUCCCUCUGUCGGCAGCACCGCAUCCAAGAACGAUGCCUCGUCCGGCAAGCGCAAGCGCGAUCCCAACACUGUCGUCUACUCGCAGCCUCAGAACACUAGUUUUGGUCAAGAGGUCUUCACGCAGAUGCAGUAUGCCCUCGAGUGGCUCAAGGGCAAGGACGAACCGAAGACGGCCACGGAGAUCUUUGACCACCUGGGCCAGACGCGCAGCACCGACAAGCACAAGCAGUCGCUGGUCGAGGCCAUGCGCCGUCAUCCUCGCAUUCAGUGGGUCCCCGACUCGAAGCUGUCGGAGCAGACGUGGAGGACCGGCACGUACAUCCACCGGCCCAUCAUCCCUGGCGUCAAGGAUAAGAUCUCGCUCCUGCGCCACCUGCAGAGCAAGAAGGACGCCGAGGGGACCAACGUCAAGGACCUGAAAGACGGCUGGCCCGACUGCGACCAGGCGUUGAUGGAGCUGGAGCGCGAGCACAAGAUCCUCAUCGUCAAGACGAAGAAGGAGCAGCACCCCCGCGCCAUCUGGCUCGACGACGCGACGCUGCACCACCACGUCGACGACGAGUUUAAGCGCAUGUGGAACGCCGUCGAGGUGCCGAGCACUGACGACAUCGUCAAGAAGCUCGUCUCCGUCGGGCAGAAGCCCGCCAGCGCCGACCCGAGCCUCAUCAAGAAGGUCGAUCCCAAGAACAACAAGCAAAAGAAGCGCGCCGUCCGCCGCACCGGCAAGACGACCAACACGCACAUGGAGCAUCUGCUCAAGGACUACAGUCACCUUACUAAGCGGUAG